UCGGGCAUGAGAUUCUCUACCUUAAAAACACACACACACUCAACGACACAUACACUCUUACACUCGUAGGAAUCUCCCAGAAUCCACUUUUUACCGUUGAGUUCAUUUGCCGCCAAAACUAACAAGCAUCUUCAACCGUCUGAUCAUAAUAAAAAAACUCUCUUAAAUUCUGUGGGGGGCCCUUUCACUUUGUGGGACCCUUCACCGAAUACGAUUCCACCCCAAUUACAAUGGGCUAGGGAAGAGAAGAGAGGAGAAGAGAGUGAACGGUCUUCGUUCCAUCCUCAUUUCUCACUUCUCUCAUCCCCACCAACACAAUUACACAAAAGCUCAAAGGUCCCAACUCACCCCUCAAGUCUUCUUUGACAGCUUUGAGUCCAUCGAAAGCAAUUCUGAUUCUAAGAAGGGGUAGUUUUUGUAUUUUUUUGUGAAUCUUGCUUUCAAAACUUGCUCUUUCUUGGAAAUUCCUUAUCUGGGUCUUCGUCAAAACUUCACUUCCUGUCAGUUUAGUCACCAAAAAGAAAAAAAAAGGAAAAAAAAAAGUUUUCAUCUUGUUUUGCCUGUUGGAGUUGUUGCUGUUUUUCCAUCUUGGUUUUUGCUUGUGGACUUUGUGUGGUUUUUUUUUGAGAAUUGGGAAGUUGGAGUUAAUGGGUACAGGUAUGAAUUUGAUUACCACUAUUAUUGGGUUUGGGAUGAGUGCAACAUUUAUUGUAUUUGUCUGCACAAGAAUAAUCUGUGGGAGGCUCCGCAGGGUCGAAUCGAGACCCAUGUUCGAGAUUGAAUCAAGGAUUGAUCUUGAACAGCCAGAGCCUCGGGCUGGUGGCCUUGAACAAGGUUUGGUUGCUGCAAUUCCUACAAUGAAGUUCAACCGUGAGGCUUUCAGUUCUAUGGAAGAUCCACAGUGCUCGAUAUGUUUGGCGGAGUACCAAGAGAAAGAAGUAUUACGAAUAAUGCCAAAAUGCGGCCACACUUUUCAUCUCUCUUGCAUUGAUGUGUGGCUAAGAAGGCAGUCCACGUGUCCUGUCUGUCGUCUACCUUUACAAGACUCUAUUAGACCGAAACCUAUGAGGCCACUUAUGUUUGAUAUAACUCAGCCUUUUGAUAAUUCUGAGGUCUCUAUGGACCAUUUUGAGCAAUGGCUGCUACCAGGCCCUCAUCGUUCAGGAGGGAAUGUAAGUAAUCAAGCACAUGUUGUGUCUGUUCCUGUGAAUCCUCCAGAACCAACAGUUUCUGGAGAAGAAGAAAGAAGACAAUGAAAUCAACUAAAAUUUAUUCUGCUCCAAAGCAUUACAUGUCUCUUCUUCUACCAAGCCAUGUUUUUAUGUAUAUUCAAUGAGUGAACAACUUUUGGGUUUUGAGGCAUUGAAAUUAACAGUGGGCAGGAUAUAUCUUAUUGGAGAUUUUGUAUUUCUGAAUGUACAGACUCAAUUGUUUGGACCUGUUGUAACAAAAUCCUCAAAAUUCUAGGAGUAUCAUAAUGAAGUUUAGUUGAUGUUUGGCAUUCU